AUGGCUCGUCGCGCCGCGGGCGGCGCAGCCCCUAGCUCCCGGGCGGCCGCGGCCGGGUCCCCGCCGCCGCCGCCGCCGUCCCCGCGCCGUCCGCUCCGGGGGCCCCCGCUGUGCCCUCCGCCGCUGCUGCUCCUGCUGCUCCUGGGGGCGGCGCGGGCCGGCGCCCUGGAGAUCCAGCGCCGCUUCCCCUCGCCCACGCCCACCAACAACUUCGCCCUGGACGGCGCGGCGGGCACCGUGUACCUGGCCGCCGUGAACCGCCUCUACCAGCUGUCGGGCGCCAACCUGAGCCUGGAGGCCGAGGCGGCCGUGGGCCCCGUGGCCGACAGCCCGCUGUGCCACGCCCCGCAGCUGCCGCAGGCCUCGUGCGAGCACCCGCGGCGCCUCACCGACAACUACAACAAGAUCCUGCAGCUGGACCCGGGCCAGGGCCUGGUGGUCGUGUGCGGCUCCAUCUACCAGGGCUUCUGCCAGCUGCGGCGCCGGGGCAACAUCUCGGCCGUGGCCGUGGCCUUCCCGCCCGCUGCCCCACCCGCCGCGCCUGUGGCCGUGUUCCCCAGCAUGCUCAACGUGGCCGCCAACCACGCGAACGCGUCCACCGUGGCGCUGGUGCUGCCGCCGGCCGCCGGCACCGGGGGCAGCCGCCUGCUCGUGGGCGCCACGUACACGGGCUACGGCAGCGCCUUCUUCCCGCGCAACCGCAGCCUGGAGGACCACCGCUUCGAAAACACGCCCGAGAUCUCCAUCCGCUCGCUAGACGCGCGUGGCGACCUGGCCAAACUCUUCACUUUCGACCUCAACCCCUCCGACGACAACAUCCUCAAGAUCAAGCAGGGCGCCAAAGAGCAGCACAAGCUGGGCUUCGUGCGCGCCUUCCUGCACCCGCCGGAGCAGCGGCCGGGCGUGCCGUCGUACGCGUACCUGGCGCUCAACAGCGAGGCGCGUGCGGGCGACAAGGAGAGCCAGGCGCGGAGCCUGCUGGCGCGCAUCUGCCUGCCCCGGGGCGCCGGCGGCGACGCCAAGAAGCUCACCGAGUCCUACAUCCAGCUGGGCUUGCAGUGCGCGGGCGGCGCGGGCCGCGGCGACCUCUACAGCCGCCUGGUGUCGGUCUUCCCUGCGCGCGAGCUGCUCUUUGCCGUCUUCGAGCGGCCCCAGGGAACCCCCGCGGCCCGCGCUGCCCCGGCCGCGCUCUGCGCUUUCCGCUUCGCCGACGUGCGGGCCGCCAUCCGCGCCGCGCGCACCGCCUGCUUCGUGGAGCCUGCGCCCGACGUGGUGGCCGUACUGGACAGCGUAGUGCAGGGCACGGGGCCGGCCUGCGAACGCAAGCGCAAUAUCCAGCUGCAGCCGGAGCAGCUGGACUGCGGGGCAGCGCACCUGCAGCACCCGCUGUCCAUCCUGCAGCCGCUGCGGUCCACGCCUGUGUUCCGCGCCCCAGGCCUCACCUCCGUGGCUGUGGCCAGCACCAACAACUACACAGUUGUGUUCUUGGGCACCGUCAAUGGGAGACUGCUCAAGAUCAACCUGAACGAGAGCAUGCAGGUGGUGAGCCGGCGCGUGGUGACUGUGGCCUAUGGGGAGCCAGUGCACCAUGUUAUGCAGUUUGACCCAGCUGACCCUGGCUACCUUUACCUGAUGACAUCCCACCAGAUGGCCCGAGUGAAGGUGGCAGCGUGUGAGGUGUAUUCCACCUGUGGGGACUGCGUGGGCGCUGCUGAUGCCUACUGUGGCUGGUGCACCUUGGAGACACGAUGCACCCUGCAGCAGGACUGUGCCAAUGCCAGCCAGCCGCACUUCUGGACAAGUGCCAGCGAGGGCCCUGGCCGCUGCCCGGCCAUGACUGUGCUGCCUGCGGAGAUUGACGUGCACCAGGAGUACCCGGGCAUGAUCCUGCAGAUCUCUGGCAGUCUGCCCAGCCUCCGCGGCGUGGAGAUGGCCUGCGACUAUGGGAAUCACGUGCGCACAGAGGCCCGGGUUCCCGGCCCCGCCUACGGCCACCAAAUCGCCUACUGCAACCUCCUGCCCAGGCACCAGUUCCCACCCUUCCCGCCCCACCAGGACCACGUGACCGUUGAGAUGUCUGUGAGAGUCAACGGGCACAAUAUUGUCUCAGCCAACUUCACCAUCUACAACUGCAGCCGUGUGGGACAAGUGUACCCCCACACUGCGUGCACCAGCUGCCUCUCUGCACAGUGGCCCUGCUUCUGGUGCCUGCAGCAGCACGCCUGUGUCUCCAACCAGUCUCGGUGUGAUGCCUCACCAAACCCCACGAGCCCUCAGGACUGCCCCCAGAUCCUGCCCUCACUCCUGACACCUGUGCCCACAGGUGGCUCCCAGGACAUCCUGGUGCCCCUGGCCAAUGCUGCUUUCUUCCACAGUGCAGCCCUGGAGUGCAGCUUUGGGUCUGAGGAGGUCUUUGAAGCUGUGUGGGUAAAUGAGUCAGUGGUACGCUGCAACCAGGUGGUGCUGCACACGACCCAGAAGAGCCGUGGGUUUCCACUCAGCCUCCAACUCAAGGAGUGGCCGGCCCGUUUCCUGGAUAGCCCUGACCCUAUAACAGUCGAAGUCUACAACUGUGCCAUGGGCAGCCCCGACUGCUCCCAGUGCCUGGGCCGCGAGGACCUGGGUCACCUGUGUGUCUGGAAUGACGGCUGCCGCCUGCGGGGGCCCCUGCAGCCCCUACCUGGCACUUGCCCUGCUCCCGAGAUCCGCGCAAUUGAGCCCCUGAGUGGCCCCCUGGACGGCGGGACCCUGUUGACCAUCCGUGGCAGGAACUUGGGUCGCCGGCUCAGCGACGUGGCCCAGGGCGUGUGGAUUGGCAGCGUGGCCUGUGAGCCGUUGGCUGACAGAUACAUGGUGUCAGAGGAGAUUGUGUGUGCCACAGGCCCAGCCCCAGGGGUCUUCUCAGAUGUGGUGACCGUGAACGCCUCCAAGGAGGGCAAGUCACGGGAACGCUUCUCAUACGUGCUGCCGCAGGUCCAGUUCCUGGAACCGGAAGUGGGCCCCAAGGCAGGGGGUACCAGAAUCACCAUCCACGGGAGCGACCUCCACGUGGGCUCUGAGCUCCAGGUCCUGGUGAACAGCUCAGAUCCUUGCACAGAGCUCACGCGCACAGACACCAGCAUUACCUGCACCGUGCCUGCUGGUGCCCUGGCAGUCCCCGUGCCAGUGUGUGUUCGCUUUGAGCGCCGGGGCUGCGUGCACGGCAACCUGACCUUCUGGUACAUGCAGAACCCAGUCAUCACAGCCAUCAGUCCCCGCCGCAGCCCGGUGAGCGGCGGCAGGACCAUCACGGUGGCCGGUGAACGCUUCCACAUGGUGCAGAAUGUGUCCAUGGCUGUGCACCACAUUGGCCGGGAGCCCACGCUCUGCAAGGUUCUCAACUCCACCCUCAUCACUUGCCCAUCACCUGGGGCCCUGAGCAACGCGUCGGCACCAGUGGACUUCUUCAUCAACGGCCGGGCCUACACAGACGAGGCGGCAGUGGCUGAGGAGCUGCUGGACCCUGGGGAGGCGUGGCGUGGCCGCAGGUUCCGCCUGGACUACCUGCCCAACCCCCAGUUUUCCACGGCCAAGAGGGAGAAGUGGAUCAAGCAUCACCCUGGGGAGCCACUCACCCUUGUCAUCCAUAAGGAGCAGGACAGUCUGGGACUUGAGAGCCACGAGUACCGGGUCAAGAUAGGCCAGGUGGCCUGCGACAUCCAGAUCAUCUCGGACAGAGUCAUCCACUGCUCCGUCAAUGAGUCCCUGGGCACAGCUGAGGGGCAGCUGCCCAUCACGAUCCAGGUAGGGAACUUCAACCAGACACUCGCCACGCUGCAGCUGGGGGGCAGUGAGACGGCCAUCAUUGUGUCCAUUGUCAUCUGCAGUGUCCUGCUCCUGCUCUCCGUGGUGGCCCUGUUUGUCUUCUGCACCAAGAGCCGCCGAGCUGAGCGCUACUGGCAGAAGACGCUGCUGCAGAUGGAGGAGAUGGAGUCCCAGAUCCGCGAGGAGAUUCGCAAAGGCUUCGCAGAACUGCAGACAGACAUGACGGACCUAACCAAGGAGCUGAACCGCAGCCAGGGCAUCCCCUUCCUGGAGUACAAGCACUUCGUGACCCGCACCUUCUUCCCCAAGUGUUCCUUUCUUUAUGGAGAGUGUUAAAUCCUGCCUUCCCCCUUACUCACUCCCCAGGGUAGCUCCCCGGUGCAAGAGACCCACCCACUGCUGGGCGAAUGGAAGGUCCCAGAGAGCUGCAGGCCCAACAUGGAGGAGGGCAUCAGCCUGUUCUCCUCGCUGCUCAGCAAUAAGCACUUCCUCGUUGUCUUCGUGCACGCCCUGGAGCAGCAGAAGGACUUCGCGGUGCGCGACAGGUGCAGUCUGGCCUCGUUGCUGACCAUUGCACUGCAUGGCAAGCUUGAGUACUACACGAGCAUCAUGAAGGAGCUACUGGUAGACCUCAUCGACGCCUCGGCCGCCAAGAACCCCAAGCUCAUGCUGCGGCGCACCGAGUCAGUGGUGGAAAAGAUGCUCACCAACUGGAUGUCCAUCUGCAUGUACAGCUGCCUGCGGGAAACAGUUGGGGAGCCGUUCUUCCUGCUUCUGUGCGCCAUCAAGCAGCAGGUGAACAAGGGCUCCAUUGACGCCAUCACGGGCAAGGCCCGCUACACACUCAACGAGGAGUGGCUGCUGCGCGAGAACAUCGAGGCCAAGCCCCGAAACCUGAACGUGUCCUUCCAGGGCUGUGGCAUGGACUCGCUGAGCGUGCGGGCCAUGGACACUGACACACUGACGCAGGUGAAGGAGAAGAUUCUGGAAGCCUUCUGCAAGAACGUGCCCUAUUCACAAUGGCCACGCGCAGAGGACGUCGACCUGGAGUGGUUUGCCUCAAGCACACAGAGCUACAUCCUGCGGGAUCUGGACGACACUUCAGUGGUGGAGGACGGCCGCAAGAAGCUCAAUACCCUGGCCCACUACAAGAUCCCCGAGGGUGCCUCCCUGGCCAUGAGCCUAACGGACAAGAAGGACAGCAACUCGCUGGGCCGAGUGAAAGACUUGGAUACAGAGAAGUAUUUCCAUUUGGUGCUGCCCACGGAUGAGCUGGCGGAGCCCAAGAAGUCCCACCGGCAGAGCCACCGCAAGAAGGUGCUCCCCGAGAUCUACCUGACCCGCUUGCUGUCCACCAAGGGCACUCUGCAGAAGUUUCUGGAUGAUCUCUUCAAAGCCAUUCUGAGCAUCCGGGAAGACAAGCCCCCACUGGCUGUCAAGUACUUUUUUGACUUCCUGGAGGAGCAGGCCGAGAAGCGGGGGAUCUCAGACCCUGACACCCUGCACAUCUGGAAGACCAACAGCCUUCCCCUCCGCUUCUGGGUGAACAUCCUGAAAAACCCCCAGUUCGUCUUUGACAUUGACAAGACAGACCACAUCGAUGCCUGCCUGUCGGUCAUCGCCCAAGCCUUCAUCGACGCCUGCUCUAUCUCUGACCUACAGCUAGGCAAGGACUCGCCAACCAACAAGCUCCUGUAUGCCAAAGAGAUCCCCGAGUACCGCAAGAUCGUGCAGCGCUACUACAAGCAGAUCCAGGACAUGACGCCGCUCAGCGAGCAAGAGAUGAACGCUCACCUGGCCGAGGAGUCGCGGAAAUACCAGAAUGAGUUCAACACCAACGUGGCCAUGGCGGAGAUUUAUAAAUACGCCAAGCGAUAUCGUCCUCAGAUCAUGGCGGCCCUGGAGGCCAACCCCACGGCCCGGCGGACACAGCUACAGCACAAGUUUGAGCAGGUGGUGGCCCUGAUGGAGGAUAAUAUCUAUGAGUGCUACAGCGAGGCCUGAGCCACACCUGGAAAGGAGCCUGUCGAGCCACUGCUGCUGUUGCUGCUGCCACCCGGAACCCCAGCCCCAUUGUAUUUGAUUUCCUGUGCCUCUGGCUCAAGCUGGGAAGGGACCAGCAGCAAGGGCUUGGGACAGGCAGGAACAAGAGGGGGCCCCUCCUGAGCCAGGCAGAGGCCUCCAUCCCCUCCAACUGCCCCCGGAUGAGCCUCUGGGCUGGAACUUUGAAUGCCACAGCCAGUUCCUGGUGCGGAUCCCCCUGUCCACCAGCACAGGGGUGGCCGGUGGGUGUACAAUGGGGAGAACAGAUCGCUGGGCCCAGAAACACUACCUCAUCCACACUGUUGCAAGGGGAGGCCUCCUUGAGCCAGCCCACCAUCAGUUUCUGCUUCAGCCACCUGAUACACCCUGCUCCACUUCCUGCCCCCAGAGGGGCCCCUGGCAGUGGGCAGACGGGUGGAUGGUGUUGGUGGAGUAGGCAGUGCUCACUGCCCCAGAGGAGGCAGGGGGCCGAAGAGAUGGAGGGAGAGGGGCUGGCACCGAGGUGGGAGGCUGCUGACCUCCGGGAGGGGGAGGGGUUGAGAUGCACCAAGGCUGUAGCUGGGCUACUCAAACUUGCUGGAAGUGUUUCUAAAGAUAGCACCACUUUUUGUUGUCACUGUUGUUUUUUAAAAAACAAAGCUUUUAUAUAUUAAAAAAAAAAAAAAACCAACCCUUCUUGCGCGCCAACUGUGAAUAGCUGCCACCUGCAGAGGACCUGGGGAGGGGCCCCCAGGGCUCCCCCACCUGAUGCAACACUGGAAAUGGCUGCUCCGGAGUGGCCUGCCUGGCAGAGACCCUCCGCACCCUGAGAAAGCUCUCCCCGCCCCGUUCUGCAGCAUUGGCCCCCAAGGGCCCUCUUGCGGUCCCCCAGCCAGUGCUGGCCUGAUUCGCAGUCCCCCUCACCCCUACCCUGGAGCAGGAUUGGUAGGGGCAGGACUCUCUGGAAAUUUCUUUAUAAUAAAAGUCU